AUGGUUGGUGAACCAACUGUAGUCACAUUUAAUGUAAAAUUAUUUUUAAUGCAUCUUAUUAUACGUAAUACACAUAGAAUAUUUAAAUCAUAUACACAUAAUUGGUUAAUACCAAUAAAUUUAAAUACAUUUAUUAUUGAUACAAUUGUUAUAUUAUUAUCAUGGAAUAUUAUAGGAAUAACAAGUGAAUUGGAUGCAAUAUCAGUACUACAACGUCUUAUUAAAUAUUUAUUUCUUAAUUGUACACAUAAAAAUUCUCUUGUAAUGAAAUCAAAUUUAGAUUUAAUUAAAAAAUUUGUUGAAUUAUGGAAAGAACGUAUAUAUCCAUCAACAUUAAUUAUAUAUAAAUUAAUAUCUGAUCAACAUAUUAAAUCAAAACAAAAUGCUAUAGGUCUUUUAUUAAUUGAUAAUACGACAACUUAUAAUCGGCUUAAACAAACAAAUACAUUUCCUUUGCCAACAUUAUCAACACAAACAAAAAGAACAUCAUUAACAAUUAAUGUUGAUAAUAGAAAUAAAUAA